GCAAGUUCAGCACCGCGGAGGAAGAACAGCGCCUCCGGCGCGCGCGAAAGACGCGCUCCGUUGAGGAAGGAAAACGCGGACGGACGGAAAUGCAGACGGUCGGCGACUCCGUGCGCGCGGAGGGCGAAGCGGUGUGGUGAGAGAGACGCGGCGUCGCAGAGGGGCUUCGCGUUUCCGUUUGGAAAAGUGACUAACGACAGCGGAGCCGCGACGCCUGGACGUGCCGACUCGGACCCGCGCCGUCGCCGUCUCUCCUGGUGAUAUACGCCUUCCUUUUCGUCUCCGGGGUGUCGGUGGUGGGGGUUGGGGGACGAUCGUAUUCAUGUCCUGAAUCCGGGGAUGUCUCGUUCGUACUGAAAAAAUGCUGCUGUGGGCGCUGCUGUUGAAGGCGGCUCUUUGUGCGGCCGUUGGAAACGUUACAAGAGACGUGUGCAAGGAGCGCGUCUGCUCCUGCAGCGCGCUCGAAGGCGACUUGCACGUCGACUGCGAAAAGCGGGGUUUCGCGAGCCUGCAACACCUGGCCGGACCCAGCUCUCAGUUUUACCACCUACUGCUGCACGGGAAUUCCUUAUCUCGCUUGUUUCCCAACGAGUUCGCCAACUUUUACAACGCUGUCAGCUUGCAUCUGGAGAACAACGGCUUGCACGACAUCGUGCCCGGCGCGUUUCUCGGACUACAGCUCGUGAAGCGACUGCACAUAAACAACAACAAGAUACGGUCUUUUAAAAAGAGCACGUUUCUCGGGUUGGACGACCUGGAAUAUCUGCAGGCUGAUUUUAACCUGCUGAGAGACAUAGACCCGUCCGUUUUCAGGGACUUGAGCAAACUUGAAGUUCUCAUUCUUAACGAUAAUCUAAUUAGUGCACUUCCCACGAACAUAUUUCAGCACGUCCCCAUUACGCAUCUCGACCUGCGGGGGAACCGGAUAAAAACACUGCCUUAUGAGGGAAUUCUAGAACAGAUAUCGGGGGUCGUGGAGGUUUUGCUGGAGGACAACCCGUGGGACUGCAACUGCGACCUGGUUUCGCUAAAGGACUGGCUCGAGAACAUCCCGCAGAACGCACUCAUCGGCGGGGUCAUCUGCGAAGCGCCCACACGACUGCAGGGGAAUGAUUUGAACGAAACGGCUGAGACAGACCUGUGCCCUUCAAAGGAAGGCGCCGAUUCGAGUUUGGUGGCGCCGCCCACGCAAGACGAGGCGUCUGACCCAGGUCCCCCUCCCACCGCAUCUAAAACGAGCGGGGUCACCGAGUCGCAGAGUGUCGGUGGCGGCCACAACAAGGGCCGUCCUAAAGCGCGCGAAAACUGGCAGCUGAAAACGCCCACCGCGGCGGCUACGGGUGCCGGGGAGCGCGAGACGCCGCCCAACGCCACGUGCCCCCGGCCGUGUGCCUGCAAACUGAUUGGCGCGAGGCAGGGGCUCGGGGUCAACUGCGAGGGCAAGAAAAUCGAGAGUGUGGCCAACCUCAAGCCCAAGCCGCUGAGCGCGCACGAGUUGAAUUUGCGUGACAACAACAUUCACACUGUCAAAAAGAACCACUUCCGAGGCUACUCGAGCUUGAAUUUGCUGGAUCUGGGUGGGAAUAAUAUCAAAUGCAUCGAGAAUGGCACUUUCCAAAACCUGAGUGAGCUCAGGUGGCUUUACGUUGACAAGAACUACUUGGAUACCCUCACGGCGGAUAUGUUUGCGGGCCUUCAGAACCUGGAAUAUCUCAGUUUGGAAUAUAACGACAUCCAGCUAAUAACGGCGGGCACGUUCAGCCCCACAGCCAACCUCCGCGUCCUGUUCCUUAACAAUAAUCUGCUGAAGUCGCUUCCCGUGGAUGCGUUUGCGGGAGUUUCCCUGUCCAAAAUCAGUCUGCAUAACAAUUAUUUCACCCAUCUUCCCGUGGCUGGCGUCUUAGACCAGCUCGGCUCGGUCAUCCAGAUUGAUCUGCAUGGGAACCCGUGGGAUUGCUCGUGCGACAUUGUUCCACUCAAGCAGUGGGCAGACAAGCUGGCGUCCGAUGUCAUCGUCAGCGACCUGAAGUGCGAGUCCCCGGAGGAGUUCUGGAAGCGGGAUUUCCGUCACAUACAAAAUGAUCUGAUGUGCCCUCGUCUUUACGAAAGGCUCGAGCCCACGGCCCCGUCCAAAAACAGCACCUUUGCCGUGGACACAGGCACGCGCUCCAACUCCUAUCUGGAGCCGAGCAGGGUGUCGAUAUCAGUGCUAGUGCCCGGCCUGCUGCUGGUCUUUGUGACGUCCGCCUUCACCGUGGUGGGUAUGCUCGUCUUUAUCCUGCGCAAUCGCAAGAGAUCGAAGCGGAGAGACGGGAACUCCUCAGCGUCGGAGAUCAACUCUUUGCAGACGGUGUGCGACUCCUCGUACUGGCACAGUGGCGCGUAUCACGCGGACGGCGCGCACAGGGGUUACGACUGCGGCGCCCACGCGCUCUCCGACAAGUGAGGCGCAAACAGAAGGCGCAAAAGACCCCUGACACGUGCUGCGGCCCCUGUGUGACAGAGACAACGGAAAAGGACACACUAAACUUUUAUUUUUCUUUUCUUUAGGUAACUCUUUAGUUUAUGAGCCAGUAGGGAAACAACUGUAAAGUAUGUACAUGACAGACACACCCCACCCCCUCGCUACACACCCGUCUCUCGCUCUACGACACAAACAUUUUGCCGCAAUCAGACUGAAACUACAAGACCGAGGAGAUGGAAAUGGUGCACGAGCGCAUGAAUGUAAUGUAAAUAACAGACUGUAACAUAUCUGCAUGAAUCGCAUGGUUUCGUCUCAAACUGGAAACCAUUACCAUACACGCAAAGACACCAACUCAA